AUGAAGUCUCCCAAGCAAUCGGCAAUGAAGUCUCCGAUGAAAUCCUCAACGGCCGAUACCGAGCUUUCCUUUUCUCAACCACUACCGCCAAUGCCCGAGUCGCCUUCUGAAUCUUCAGCAUUGGGUGAGAAAAUGUGGUUUGAGGAAUCUCCAACAAAGACCAAAGCCUUGAAAACCACUUUUGACGAACCACCCACCACAUCACCCAAAGCAUCGAAAGCACCAAAAGUGUCACCGAGAACACCUACCGAAGCGACGAAAGAAGAAAUAGAAACCCAAUUGGGGAUCUCACACGUGCGAAAUUGGAAGAAGCUUUGGACAAGGCCAAAAAAAAAAAGCUAUCUUAAUCUCAAAGAGAAGCAGCGCCAAUUGAUUGCAGUCCAUGAAUAA